AUGAAGACAGUAUUCGCCAGGUUAUCAGGUCUCACUGAUAUCACAUGCCCGUUUUGCGACGCUCGGUUUGUAACUGCGAGUGACGCCAUAAAUCACGUUGAAAAUGGUGUCUGUCUGAGAACACACAACUGGAAUCGGGAGACUAUCCACCGCAUGAUUCACCACCUCGAUCCCACGGGCUCUGUCACAAACAAACAGACUGAAUCACACGACGAACGAGGCCUAGGCUACUAUGCGACGGAGUUUGCAUUCGAGGGCAUCAUCGGGACGUGUUACCUGUGCCAAAGGGAAUUCGAUUCAAUAACCGCUUUCAAUGAGUAUAUGAACCCCUCAGUCCCUACGGGGAAAAUAUAUCAUUGUCUUAACAAGGAUGGCUGUGAUGAGGAGCUCAUCUCGCUCGACACUUUUUAUUCACCCACUCGGAGAGUGAGUCGUGCGGAUACAUCCGGCUCGGGGAUGUUGAAAGCUCCAUCGGCAGCUAGACGAGGUUAUUCUGAAUCGACAGACAAUCCCUGGACGCCGGAGACAGAGUGCUGA